AUGCGGAGACUCCUUUCUCUUAGACAUGCCUCAUCGAACCUCUCCAAAAAACUCACAAACAAUUCUUCACUUCUCCUCUCUCACCCUUGUAAAAUCUUCACAAAACCAACCAACCAAUACCAAAACCACAUUUUAAGCUCCCCUCUUAUAAUCCAUUCAUGUCAAUCAUGCCACAAUCUUUCACCCAAAAUUCCUCCUAGGUUUCUGUCAAAGCAGUUUUUGUCCAUUUUAUCAAACACCCAUUUCAGGGUUUCAACCAAAAGUCUCACAGAUUGCAAAGCUGCCAUCUUUAUACAUCGGUUUGCUAGAGGGUAUUCUUGGUCCGACCCAAAACUUGGUUUCUAUCGCCGUUGCUGGAGUUCAUGGUUCAAUCAGCUACCAGCUGAUAACGUGAUUGCAAGGAUUUUUGGACCUGAAUUCUUAUUGAAGUUGUACCUUGCUGGGGCAAUUGGUGGCUCAGUGUUCUACUUGCUGCACCAUGGCUUCAUGGCUUUAUCAUUGAAGGGACAGGGAAUGUGGGUGAGGGAUCCUUCAAGGACUCCAGGAUUGGGGGCUAGUGGGGCUGUCAAUGCUAUCAUGUUGCUCGAUAUAUUCUUGAAUCCAAGAGCUACUCUAUACUUCAAUUUUAUCAUACCAGUUCCAGCAAUCUUAUUGGGUAUCUUUUUAAUUGGAAAAGAUAUGUUGAGGAUACUAGAGGGAAACAGUAACAUCUCAGGAUCGGCUCACUUGGGGGUGCUGCAGUUGCAGCUUUGGCAUUCCAUUCAGUGGACAAAUCUUUCUUCUUGGGUUGAAUUAGCCAUCAUCAUAGAUGUCGGCAAAAGUUCUCCCCAAUUCCUUGUGUCUUAG